CCUUAUUUACCAAUCGAAACGGACAUCUGCAGACUGCAUGUAAACAACUUUAUCACACGUGUUCAUCAAGUUAAAGUACCUUUUUCUGAAACAUUUAGCUGUAGUAUAUAUAAUACACAUCCAUCUCACAAUGAGAAAAUUAUCAGAAGAAAGAACAAAGCUUCUCUUUGAGAAGUUAUCACUUUAUAUUGGAGGAAAUGUUAAAAUGCUGAUAGAUAGGCCCGAUGGCUUAUAUUGUUUUAGAGAAAAGAAAGAAAGAGUAUACUAUGUAUCAGAAAAAAUAUUGUCGCUGGCUGAAAGUGUUUCUCCAGACAAUAUGAUCAGCCUUGGGAUAUGCUUCGGAAAGUUCACCAAAAGUAACAAAUUUCUACUUCACAUCACAGCACUGACAUAUUUAGCCCCAUAUGCCCAAUUUAAAAUAUGGGUGAAACCAUCGAUGGAGCAGCAAUUUUUGUAUGGUCAUCAUGUUCUGAAGUCAGGUCUUGGAAGAAUAACAGAAAAUACUCCCAAAUACCAAGGUGUUGUUGUUUUAUCAAUGGCAGAUGUUCCUUUGGGAUUUGGCAAAGCAGCAAAGUCUACAGCAGAGUGCAAACAUGCAGAUCCUCUAACAAUUGUAUGUUUCCAUGAGGCUGAUAUAGGAGAAUAUGUACGCUCAGAAGAAACUCUACUUUAAUUUUGACAAUUUCCAUUUAUUAAUAAAGUAAUAUUAAGAUUCCUGUUAAAA